CAAAAUAGGCACUGAGUCACGGUUUGGGCGGGGGGGAGGUGGGUUGUACCCCCUCACAUGUUUCCAGGAACGCUGAUUGUACGAAGGUUCCCAGCCGCUGGGGGAGACGUGACAGGGACACGGAUCUCUGCAGUUCUGAAGAGGGGAAGGGUGACUGGGUGCAUGUGUUUCCUUUUCAGGGAAAGCUGCUCAGAGGCUCUGCGGCUAUAAAACUCACCGGCGCAGAGUCGGGAAAGGGAGAAGCUUGGAGCGAUGGCUUUCGACCGCAUUUACCAGAAGUGUGAAGAGUCUGACCGAGUGGAGCUCAAGGAACAAGAGGCAGAAAUGGCAGCUGGAAGAGCAGGGAAUGGCUGGCUGCAGUUUCCUAGGGGCCCGAAGGGGGCGGCAAAGUCCAUAUUCACCCUUUACGCCCUGCAUGCCGUGUCAUUCGUGCUGUGGGCCGUGCUCCUCGCCGUGGCAAUUGCGAAGUGCGCAGAGAUGUCCAAGGAGCUGGAGCAGAUGCGGACUGAUCAAUCUAUGCUCAGAGCCAGUGGCUCCGACAUGGCGAAGCAACUGGGGAUGCUUCAUUUCAAUCAAUCCGCCAUGCACCGCACUGGGGAGGAGCUGGCCAAGGAGCUGAAGAGGCUGCAGUCAGACCAGGCCACGCUGAGAGAGGAAGUGUCCAGGGAUCUGGCCAAAGCGAAACAUGACAGAGAUGACAUCAGGGCCGAGACCUACAAGAUCCUGGAUGCCGCACAGAAAGGGAACGGCACUUCCCAGUGCCAGCCUGGCUGGGAGCAGUACCGAGGGAGGUGCUACCUUUUCUCCUCGGCUGCCCAGGGUUGGCCGGUGGCCAGAAGGACCUGUUUGAGCCAGACUGCCGAUCUGGUGGUGAUCAACGAUCAAACGGAGCAGAAUUACUUGGCCAUUAAAGCUGAUUCUGUUCGUCACUGGAUCGGCUUCACAGACCAAGGGACUGAAGGUGUCUGGCACUGGGUGGACAAUACUCCUACGGCAUUUACGUUUUGGGCCACAGGGGAGCCCAAUAACAGGUACAGUUUUCACAUCAGAGAUGAGGACUGCGCCCACCUGCACGAGGACGGCCGGUGGAACGAUGAGCCCUGCAACUUGCACUACAGGUGGAUCUGCGAAAAAGCUGCUUCUGUCUAGAUGGCCGGAGUCCCGCCCUUGCUCUGAGCACUGGCUGAAAUGUACCCCGGCCCAUGAGGCCUGAGAACCGUUCCAGCCCCACACCAGUCCGUUCGGGUUGCCAGCUUACUCUAAUGGCACAAAACUGAACUCCCUUGCCCUGCCCCAGCCCUGAGGCCCCACUCACACCAUCCCCCCCUCCCUCCAUUACUCGCUCUCCCCCACCCUCACUCACUGGUGCAGGCUCCAGGUGGGGGUGGGAGCUCCAGGCUGUGGCCGAGGGGGUUGGGGUUCGGGAGUGGGUGCGGGCUUCGGUUGGAGGU